UCGGAUUUCAGAGGUUUGUACUAAAUGGUUUUAUUUGUUAUAAAAACUAAACAUGGCAGCGCCCUUGACGCAAAUCAUGUCAGUCCGAAUUUGUCGACUCUGCGCUCGAUUUCGACAAAGAAAAGAACAAAUACAGAUAAGAUGUAGCCUUCAUAAAUCAAUGAAUGACAAUGAAUCAAACAAUACAAACAGUUCAAAAGAAGACAGUCUGGGGCAAACUUCAUCUAGGGAUUUUCCAACAGCAGAAUGGACUUCUGAAAAUAAACCAAUAAAGCCGUCCAUACUGGCAUCUCCCAGACUGUUUCCAAAUCAUGUCAGAGCAGAUCCUGAUGCAAUGGCCAGAGUCCAAGUCACAGAGAAAGGCCUAAAGUACAAAAAACAUCCAGGAGUCAUUAGGUCAAGAAAGGUCAUUGAAAUUCCCAAAUUAAUGGAAAAGGCACUGAAUAUUAUUUACAAAGAUUCUGGUUAUAAGACCCUGAAUGAAGAAGGUAUGAAGCUAUACAAUCAGCUGACGGCUCGUAGAUUUCCAGAGACUAUCUUAUCUCUAACAGCUAAAGCCCAGCGUCUGGAACCAGAAAUCAUACAAAGACUGUCUGUCAAACAACGCACAAAGCUAGAAGCCAUAGUCAGUAAAGAUUGUCUGACUGAAGAGGAUGAGAAGGCACUGAGAGAAAUACAGCGGAAUGUUCUGGAUAACAUUAAACGAGAGUUACGAAGAACAACCCAUCACAACAAACCUAUAGUGUACAAUGCAGACUUUGCUUUGAAGUACACAAAUGCCAGACUGAUCCCAAACUACAGUGUACUAACCCAGUGUCUGACUGAGAUAAGAAAGCGUGACCCUGACUUUGUGCCAGAGAGUGUGUUAAACAUGGGUUCAGGAGUGGGCUCUGCUGUCUGGGCAACCAACACUGUUUGGCCACAGUCUGUUAAACAGUACUACUGUGUGGAUAAUGCCAUAGAAAUGAACAAAAUGGCUGCUCGGAUAUUAAAAGAGGGUGAUGUAAACAGACAAAACAUGGUGAUACCCAAUGUCUUCUUCAGGGACAAACUACCAUCACUUCAAAGUGGGGGAUUUUCCCUGGUAAUUUGUGCCUAUACUUUAAUGGACUUUCCUAUGCAGAGUGAAAGGCUACAGUUGGUCAAGGAUCUCUGGAGUAGAACAAAUGAUUAUUUUGUGUUAGUGGAUGUUGGGACUUAUAAUGGUUUUCUGGCAAUACAAGAAGUCCGUCGAAGACUCUUAAGGAGAGACAAGGGCGUUGAUGUUGAUGAAAUGGAUGUGAAUAUUUUUGCUCCUUGUCCCCAUAAUCAACACUGUCCUAAAUUUAAAUGUGGUCCUGAAACCUUACCCUGUAAUUUUGAGGUUCAUCACCAGCCGAGGAGAGGGGAGCUUCAACACAGAAUCUCUGCAACAGAAAGAUACAGCUAUGUCACGUUCAAACGAGGAGAUUUGGUAGAAGACAUAACAAACAACUGGCCAAGAAUUGUAUUCCAGGACAUAAAUGAGCAAAGUAAGAAGAAAAUUGCGCACUGUGUGGUGUGCUGUCCAGACGGGAGUCUGAAAAACAGGAUAAUCAGUCGUAAAAGACACGGAAAGGAUUUGUAUCGGAUAGCGUGUGAAUCACAGUGGGGUGACCUGCUUCCUGUGGAGCUAAAUACAACUGAAAAUGAGGAUACAACAGAUGUAGAAAAUACAUCACACACAAAAACACCUGUCAAUGUUGAGCAAAAAUAAAUUAUUUAUUAACAUUUU